AUGUGUCUCGCUAAGGAAGGGUCACAGUCGCCGCAGAAGGAAGUUCAGUCACCACGCUCUCCUUGGAUGAAGCUCUUGAACCGUCAGAGCUCAAAACCAAGACUGCCGCGUAAGGUGACGAGCUCCACGCGCGUGAACCUCAACAAGUGUUGGUCGAAGCUUGGGGAGUUGAUCUCCAAUUCACCACCACGUCCAGACCUGCCAUCACAUAAGACUGCUUAUAUCGAAGAACCAAUCGUAGUGCCGUUCUCCGAGUACUUCUAUCCUGUAGAGCCGGUCAAACCGCUGCCAGUAGGAGAUAACGAUAACGCCGAGAACCAAAACAUCCUGAACUCCAGCCGCUUCGAACUCAUCUCUAGUGAGGAGAUCAGUGACAACGUGGCCAACGAAGUUCGGGAGAUCUGCUACACCGCCAACACUAGCUGUUUCGUAUGUAAGCUAUGUUAUUAA